AUGCCCUAUGAGAUUGCAGCUUCGCUAUCAGCUCCUCCCACUCUCCCUGUGAUUGACGACUAUCAAUCAGCCUUGGUUCCAUUUGAGGUUUCACCUGUUGUCUUUCACACUGGUAUGGACUGCAGUGCUUAUGAGAUGGACCCCCUGGAGGUUCCCCCGCUUACCCCGACGAGUAAGGAGGUUCUAUGCCAGGCUCUGAGAGCCAGUUUUGCCGGGUUCACCCAAGAGAGGCUCACCCAUCAGUUCCCGCAAGAUCCGACUUUGUGGUCCGAGUGGGAGGUAAACCAUUGGCUGGACUGGUGUCGGGCAGAGUUCGGGCUGCACUCGUCGGGCUCUGACUUGAAGGGCCUUCGGGGUCACGAGCUGUGCCGGCUGGACCGCGAGACUUUCCUCGCUCUAAUGUCCGACUGCACUGCUGGAGAGAUCUUGUGGGAACACCUGGAGAUCAUGCGACGGGAUAAUGAUCGUGAAUGCGGUACCGGACUAGGGAUGGGCUCCGUGUUAUCUCCCUGCCAGCGGACACGGAGUCACGAGAGCAGCCCCGAUGCUGACGUAUCUCCUACCGCCUCACUGAUGUGGACCGGUGGUGUCCACGAUAUGGAAUCCACGGUGGAUGAGAACCAAUGCGGGGAUGUCUUUUCAUUGGCUCAGCCGUACAAAAGCUUCAAAGAGUACGUCGGUAGUAAAGCAGACUCCAGCUCGGCCGUUAUCCCCGCGGCGGUGCUAGCCGGCUACACCGGAAGCGGUCCUAUCCAGCUGUGGCAGUUUUUACUGGAGCUCCUGACGGACCGCAGUUGCCAGUCGUGCAUCAGCUGGACCGGAGACGGCUGGGAGUUCAAGCUAACCGACCCGGAUGAGGUGGCGCUGCUGUGGGGUCGUCGGAAGCACAAACCCAAGAUGAACUACGAGAAACUUAGCCGCGGGUUGCGCUACUACUACGACAAGAACAUCAUCCGCAAGACGGUGGGCAAGCGCUACGUCUACCGUUUUGUCUGCAACCUGCAAGGGCUGCUGGGAUACGAGCCCGGGGAGCUGCACGCCAUGUUGGACAUCGGAGUCUCCAACUAA